CACCAGCUUUUAUCAAUGUUUCUAUGAAGUGUCAUUUGCCAUUGCCAAAACCAUAACUCCGUAGUGACUCGACUCUAUUUUUCAAUUUUGACAAUGAUGUUACAAAUGGUGACAAUACAAGAUCCUAAAUCCUUCGAAGCUGCAGGUACCGAUUGAUCCGAUAGACGGCAGUUUCACACAGACUCACACGUCAAGCAGAUGUUCGAAGGUUUAUUUUUGGCAUCUUUCGAGAGUGCAGAGAUGCAUAAUUUAAUUCUCUCGUCUCGCGGGACAAAGCAUUUGCUGGAAAAAAUGCUACUUUUGAAAAAGUGACCGCAAUGUGUAACACUACUUUUUUUUUAAUUUCAUAACGUUUAUAUAAUAAUUAUCUGGGGCGUGUACUAUGCUCUUUACAAUGUCUUUGCAAUUUCCUUACUUGAACCGAUGAACUUGAAUAAAGAAGCUUAUGCUUCUCACCUAAUAUUUUCUGUCAGUGUCAAUCACAAAUUUCGUCAUCAUCUUUAGCAUCAUUUUAUCAUCAUCAACAUGGCGGCGUCCACGUCGGACGGCACCGCCUGUCCUGAUUCAAACGUUUACGAAGGCCUCAGACACAGGAAAACACUGCAAGAAACUACUGAUGAAACCAGGUACACAGAGGAGAACACAAAGAAUAUGUCAGAAUCAUCGAAAACCAAGAAAUCCACCUCUGUGCACCUGGAGACGGGUACAUACUGGCUGACUCGGAUCGUGUUCCUCAGGUCUCUGGGGCUCAUUUACUUCGUUGCCUUCCUGGUGGCCCUGCAUCAGAACAAGCAGCUGCUGGGGACAGAUGGCCUCCUGCCUGCUAACCUGUACCUGCAGAGGGUCCAGCACCAUGUCACAGCAGACCCCACACAGAGCGCCUGGAGCCUGGUGCCCAGUCUUCUCUGGUGGGUGGACUGGGAGACGGACCUGGAUCUGUGGUUAGACAGGUUGGCCUACAUAGGAGUGGCUCUGUCCUUUAUCGUCAUGGUUACAGGAUGUGCCAACAUGGUGAUCAUGGCAGCACUGUGGGUUCUCUAUCACUCCAUCGUCAACAUUGGACAGAGAUGGUAUUCCUUUGGCUGGGAGUCCCAGCUCCUUGAGACAGGUUUCCUGGCCAUCUUCUUCUGCCCCCUCCUGACGCUCCACCCCCUGCCCCGGUCAACCCCCUCGCCCUGGGUCAUCAUCUGGGGGUACCGAUGGCUCAUCUUCCGCAUCAUGCUUGGUGCUGGCUUGAUAAAGAUCCGUGGUGACCAGUGCUGGAGAGACCUGACCUGUAUGAACUACCACUACCAGACCCAGCCAGUGCCCAACCCAAUCAGCUACUACCUGCACCAGACACCAGAGAACAUGCACAAGUUUGAGACUCUGUCCAACCACUUUGUGGAGUUGGUGGCACCUUGGUUCAUCUUCCUAACUCGUCCCUUCCGUUUCACCUGUGGGUUUCUCCAGAUUCUGUUCCAGGUUAUCCUGAUCAUCAGUGGGAACCUGAGUUUCCUGAACUGGCUGACCAUCCUGCCCAGUAUCUGUAGUUUUGAUGAUGCCCACCUGGCCUGCCUGUUCCCCAGCUGGAGAGGGGGCACCAAGUGGCAGGUGGCACAGAUCCAACAGGAGGAGAGGAGUGGGAGGGCACCUCCUCCUUCAUGGGGACAGCUGGUCCGCCGUGUGGUGCACGUAUCCCUGGCAGGCCUCAUCAUUUACCUGAGCCUUCCCGUGGUACAAAACCUGCUGUCCCGACGACAAGCCAUGAACACUUCAUUUGACCCCCUCCGAUUGGUCAACACAUAUGGUGCCUUCGGAAGUGUCACUAAGGAGAGGACCGAGGUGAUAUUUCAAGGGACCUAUGCAAUGAACCCAACAGACCCCAGUGCAGUAUGGGAAGAGUAUGAGUUUAAGUGCAAGCCAGGAAACGUGACGCGAAGACCGUGCCUGAUCUCACCCUACCACUACAGGCUGGACUGGCUCAUGUGGUUUGCCGCUUUUCAGAAUUACAACUAUAACAACUGGCUGGUUCACCUGGCAGCCAAGCUCCUGGUUAACGACCCUGGUGCAGAGUCAUUGAUAGCACACAACCCAUUCCAUGGGAAGCAGCCUCCAAGUUUUAUCCGAGCUGAACACUACAAGUAUACCUACACGAAGAUCGGCAGUGCCGCAGCAAAGGAGGGGAAAUGGUGGAAGCGGCGGAGAAUCGGAGAGUACCUCCCCGCCGUCUCACUGGGCUCACUGAACCAGUACAUCAAGCAGCAUGGCUGGAACAUGCCUGCGAUCAAACAGUGAACAUUAGAGAUACACAUGUGUCAUCAUAUGGGAGCAGGUAGCAAUGUGAGCUGUAUAAAAGUACUGUGAAUGCCUUUUUCUCCUGCUUAGCCCAUAUAUAUAUAUAUAUCUGGGAUGCACAUAGAACAUGCCUCUAUGUGGGUCCAGUAUCUUUAUGGGUUUAGGGCAUUUCUUCAGCAAAGCACAUCAAUUGUGGAGGUAAAUCUGCUGCAGCAGCACAAAAUAGGUCAGGUUUUACUGAUCUGAUUAAUUAACCAGCUUAGGGGGGUUCAAUAUU